UGCUAUUGCCAGCAGGCAGUGCUCAGCAUAUACAUUGCAUUGCUUAGUUUGUAUGGGUUUCUUACACUUGAACUUCCUUGGCUGGGGAAUCAUGUUAUUAGCUGCAGUUUGUACACACAGAGAUGGGAGAGGAGAAAACCUGUUGUGGGUAUGAACAGUUGUUAGCAUCCUAAGGCCAACAGACACUUCAGCAUGAAGGCUGUGUGGAAGGAAUGAGUUAUGUGUGAAAUUAAAAUCUACAGCUACCCACUUGGGAUCCUCAUGAAUGAUCUGGUCAUUGUUAGAAGAUGGAGAAUUUCACAGAGAAUGCAUCUGGGAAUAAUUCAAUAAACUGUACCAUUAACCAUGGUAUACACCAGACGUUAUCUCCUGUCAUAUACAUCCUUGUCUUUGUACUAGGUCUCCCAGCUAACUGCCUCUCACUAUACUACGGGUACCUGCAGAUUAAGGCUAAAAAUGAACUGGGCAUCUAUUUGUGCAAUUUAACUGUGGCAGACCUGUUCUACAUCUUUUCUUUGCCCUUUUGGCUCCAGUAUGUUUUACAGCAGGACAACUGGCCAUACAAUGAACUGUUGUGCAAAAUCUGUGGAAUCCUCCUGUAUGAGAAUAUCUAUAUCAGCGUGGGCUUCCUCUGCUGCAUCUCCAUUGACCGCUAUCUAGCAGUAGUGCACCCUUUCCGCUUUCAUCAGUUUCGGACAAUGAAGGCUGCUGCUGUAGUGAGCGUUGUUAUCUGGUCCAAAGAAAUUCUGACAAGUUGGUUUGUCUUUAAGCAUGGUGAAGUUAGUAAGGAUGCCGAAAGUCAUGCUGUAUGCUUUGAACAUUAUCCCAUCAAGAGCUGGGAGCAUAAUCUCAAUUUCUACCGCUUCUUUGCUGGGUUUUUUUUCCCCUUCUUUCUUCUGGUUUUUUCUUACUGUGGCAUUUUACAAGUGGUUCACAAGAGCCAUGGCACUCAAAAGAAGAAAAAAAUCCAAAUCAAACGGCUUGUUUCAAGUACAGUUGCCAUUUUCUUGGCUUGCUUUGGACCAUACCACAUCCUCUUGGUGGUUCGCAGUGUAUUUGAGAACAACUGCACAUUUGCUGAGAAGAUCUUCAAUAUUUACCAUAUUUCUCUCUUGCUGACUACUUUUAACUGUGUUGCUGAUCCAGUGUUGUACUGUUUUUCCAGUGAAAACACCCAUCAGGACUUUGUCAAAAUGCGAGACUCCUGUUCAGCAUGCCUGAAGUGUUUAAGGACUGAAACUAAAGAAUCAUACCAGCUGAAUACUCCAGAAAAUUUCAGGAAAAGUAGUGGGGCACAUGCUGAGCAAGAGCCAGAAUUAUUAAAUAAUGUACAUGUUGUUAAAAAAAUGAAAGAGUCUUCCAUUACCAGCACAAACUGACUGUAGCACCAACAGGAAAGGGAAACAAAUAUAAAGUUUUCAAGUAUGACUGAGUCUGUGCACUAAUCUUUGGUUUAUAAAUUUAUUGUAACUAAUUUACUUUCCAGAGACUUAAAAGCUCAGCACUAUAGUAUACAGAGCUGAGCUCCCUUGAGGAAUCUGGACCUUUACCUGGCACAGGGAAAAUAUAAACCAGGUCAGUUUAGUUGAACUGUUACAUGUAUUUCUGACUCACAGGAGUAUUAAUUUUGGGUAAGUUGCUGCUCCAGUGACUGGUCUGAAUGAUGUGUGAAUUGGCCAUAAUGGUCAUCAACUGCUUGAUGUCUGUCCAUGUAGUGAUGUUAGGAUAAGGUUGUCAAACCCUAUCAUCACCUUUUUGAGGUGUAAGGUGGAACAACUUAAGUGAAUUCAUGAGCGUUUUCAGGAGGAAAAUUGUAUGUGUACAUGUCUAUGUGAUGCUUGUAACUGACCCAGUCAUCUCAUUCUGAAGUCAUGUAACAACAGCCAGCAAGCAAUGAAUACAGAGACCCAACCAAAUAGAAAAAAAGCAAAGAAGCAAGAUCACGUGAUGUAAGAAUUGCAAGGGUUUCUGGAUAACUAAUAGUUAAAUUAAUGUCAUAGGUUAAUUCUGGGUCUUGGUCCAGUGCCCUUUGAAGUCAAAUGAAGAGUUCCCAUUCAGAAGGAACUGGAUACAGUACUUUGCAGGUAAUGAAUUCAUCCUAUGGACUUCAAAAGGAAUACUAGCUUGGAGGUACUUGCAUUGUUGUCAUUGCAUAUCACUGCCUCAGGUUAUGGUAUUUGAAGAUACGCUGAUUUAAAUCCAAACUCUGCUAACCUUUCAUAACGUUUGGAUUGUUAUGUUUAUCCAAGUUUCUUUAUCUUGUACAGAAAAAAACUUAACAAGUAAUACCAUGUAGGAGAGCCUGAUGUAUAGGAUAUGUUUAAAUGCUGCAUCACUCUACUCUACAGACUUUUUCAUUUUAUGGUUUAAUGAUUUAUUAUAAAAGGAACCACUUCUCGGAGAAUGGAGUACCCAGAUAUAUUGUAGAGAAAGAAAUGUAUUAUAUUUUCUAGCUUACAUAGAAAGAACAGAAAAAAUAGGGACUGAUGCCACUGGCAAUGCAACAACUGAGUCAUAUGCUCUGCACAUUUCUUCCUUCCCCAUAUCUUCUGUUUCUUACUCUUCUUUGCUCUACCAAUGAAUCCUGUCUUGCUUUUACUUCAUCUCAUCUUUUGCAUUAUACAUUUUCUUUAAUUUUAAACCCAACAACCUGGAUUCUUGUAUCCUCUUGCUCCAGGUACUUACCUUCUCUACGUUCAGAUCUUUCCAUAAAACACAGCGACACUUCUGCAAUUCACAGUAACUCACUGCACUGUAAAUAUCUGUUUUAUAUAAAAGACUCUCAGAGACCUUUUGCAUCUUCUGUCUGGUGAAUGUUGUCUGCCUUUGCCAAAUGUAUGCUUCUUAUAAUGUCAAGCACUGUGACUUAUACAGAGCCAUGGUUUUUAUCAGUUCAUAAUAAAUUAUAUAUGG